AUGAAGAAUCUUCCAUUUCUAUUUCUGUUCCUCAUCACAUUUUCUUCUGUGUGUCCAGGAGGCCAAAGGAUGGAUAAUGAAGAAAGCAUGCAACUGGCUCAGGCAUAUCUCAACCAGUUCUACUCUCUUGAAAUAGAAGGGAGUCAUCUCAUUCAAAGCAAGAACAGAAGUCUCCUAGCUGGCAAAAUCCGUGAAAUGCAAGCCUUUUUUGGAUUGACAGUGACUGGAAAACUGGACUCGAGCACUCUUGAGAUCAUGAAGAAGCCCAGAUGUGGUGUGCCUGAUGUUGGACAGUAUGGUUACACUCUUCCAGGGUGGAGAAAACGCAACAUCACAUACAGAAUAAUGAACUACACUCCAGAUAUGACCCGUGCAGAUGUAAAUGAGGCUAUCCAAAAAGCAUUAGCCGUAUGGAGCAAGGUGACCCCACUAACAUUUACCAGGAUAUCCAAAGGGAUUGCAGACAUCAUGAUCGCCUUCAGAACCAAAGUCCAUGGCUGGUGUCCUCGUUAUUUUGAUGGCCCCCUGGGAGUGCUCGGGCAUGCCUUCCCCCCUGGUCUGGGUCUGGGUGGAGACACACACUUCGAUGAAGAUGAAAACUGGUCCAAGGAUGGUGAAGGAUUCAGCUUGUUUCUUGUGGCUGCCCACGAAUUUGGUCAUUCACUGGGACUCUCUCACUCCAAUGAUCAAACAGCAUUGAUGUUCCCAAAUUAUGUCUCCCUGGAUCCUAACAAGUACCCAUUGUCUCAGGAUGAUAUCAGUGGAAUUCAGUCCAUCUAUGGUUUGCCUUCAACACCUGCAAAGCCAAAGAAAAUCACUCUACCCCAUGCCUGUGAUCCCAAUUUGACCUUUGAUGCUAUCACCACCUUCCGCAGAGAAGUCAUGUUCUUUAAAGGCAGAUCUCUUUGGAGGAUAUACCAAGACAUCGCUGAUGUUGAAUUUGAAUCAAUUGCAUCGCUCUGGCCCUCUCUGCCAGUGAAUAUUCAAGCUGCUUAUGAAAAUCCCAGGGAUAAGAUUCUGAUUUUUAAAAAUGACAGUUUCUGGAUGAUCAGUGGAUAUGCUAUUUUGCCAGAGUAUCCCAAAUCUAUCUAUACCCUUGGCUUUCCAAGAUAUGUGAGAAAAAUUGAUGCAGCUGUCUAUGACAAAAUCACAAGGAAAACCUAUUUCUUUGUAGGUAUUUGGUGCUGGAGGUAUGAUGAGAUGACCCAAACCAUGGACAAAGGAUAUCCAAAGAGGGUAGUAAAAUACUUUCCAGGCAUAGGCAUCCGAGUUGAUGCUGCUUUCCAGUAUAAAGGAUUCUUCUAUUUUUCCCAUGGAUCAAAGCAAUUUGAAUAUGACCCUAAAGCAAAGAAUGUUACCCGAGUGAUGAAAACUAAUACUUGGUUUCAUUGCAAAGAGCCAUUAAGUUCAUCCUUCAAUCUUGGAGUCAAUAAGGAAAUAAUACAUUCAGAAGGUGUAGAUGUUUCUUAUCAUAAGAAUUUAAAAUUGCUUUCUAUCACCAUUGUUCAAUUCCUGAAAACAAUAUAUGCUUACAAAUAA